AUGGGGAACACCAAAUCUAGCGAAGAAGAACCAAGCAAGGAACCUCGUGGUUCUGUGCUAAAAGACAAGAUUAAAUAUCAGAAUGGUCGACGUGUAUCCAAGGUGGCUAAACUCUCACGGGCCAGUUUAAGCAGUCAGGGUAGUACAACGACACUAAAAAAGCCGAUAAUGUCGCUUGCUCAACGACAGAUUAUCAAAAGUUGUAUGGAUAACGCAAAAGACGAUAUAGCCGAUCGGAUAUAUCGGCGCAUUUACGAAAAAAGAGAUGACUUUAAAGCAUUUGUGGACGCUUUAAACGAUGUAUAG